AUGGACAAAUGCAAGAUUACUAGUAAUGAUAGCGAUUGCGAAAUUAUCGAAGUCCUCACACCAGAGGAAGGUCGAGCUCUACGAGCUGGACCUCCCAUUGUCAUAGAUGCUGACGAUUUGAUGAGUCCUUCUACAUCAUCAGAUAGCAAAAUUCAAGAAAAAUCGAGCGGAAGACGCAGGAGCAGAAGAAUCAUAUCACAAUCGGAAUCCACCGAAGAAAUCAAGAUAGUAAAAAUUGAACCGUCAACACCAACUACUGCCGAACCUGAAAAUCGUCCACCUGAUGCAAAAAGGCCGUAUGAGCCAGCAAAAGCUGUGCAAGUCACUAGUGUGAAGCGGACAAAGAGAAUCACCACUUGCACGGCAUCUCCAUUGUUAGCACAAAAACCAAAAAUCUACAGAUUGAAUGAUGCUGGGAGAGACGCUGCCUCUCCUACUAAAAUCACUAAACUUGCGACAGCUGAUGAGAUUGUGAAAAAGACUGAGGCUAUUCUCGAUACAUUUAUGCUUUCACCACGAAAGAAUAUUGGUUCGCAAGACAAUGGUGAAGACACAGCGACAAUAGAUUUUAGAAAAACACCGUAUAUUGUGAAAUUCCUUGAUCUCUCAAAACCGGCUCGAGAGCUUUUCCUGAGGAUGUAUCUGCGAAAAUCAUGGUGGCUUACAGCAGAAAAGCUAAAGGAAAGAUUCCUUGAUCUCUCAAAACCGGCUCGAGAGCUUUUCCUGAGGAUGUAUUUGCGAAAAUCAUGGUGGCUUACAGCAGAAAAGCUAAAGGAAAGGUACACCGAACUGUCUUCUACGAUGGACGACUCUUUAAAGGAGCUAGUCAAUAUAGGCUUUGUUGACAGUGACAGACAUCUGUCAGAGCUUGAAGAAGUGCUUAAGAUAGCACCGCUGCCAGUUUUGAGAGUUGUUGCGAAAAAAUACCAGUUAGACAUCACUAAGGGCAAAAUCGAGCUCGUCACAACACUGAAAAGCUUCUCAGCUACGCAAAAGGGUCUGUUUGGACAGACAGGAGGCAUUGCAAUGGCUAUGGUGAAAACGUGA